CUGGAACGAGGGGAAGAGCCGUGGAUCUUGGACCUCCAGGGCUCUGAGAAAGAAGAGCUUCUGAAAGGAAAAGCAAAAGCCUGUGAGACUCCGGACAGGCCAGAGGAAAACUUCAGUAGCCACUCAGACCUUACAACACACGACAGAAUCAACUUGGAAGAGACACGCUACACAUGCCAUGAGUGCGGGAAAAGCUUCAAUUUGAACGCUGCCCUUAUCACACAUCACACAAUCUACACGGGUGAGAAACUUUAUGAAUGCUCUGAGUGUAGGAAACACUUCAAUCAGAGCUCUACCUUGAGUACACAUAGGAGAAUCCACACAGGAGAGAUGCCCUACAGGUGCUCUGAGUGCGGGAAAAGCUUCAGUCGGAGCUCACACCUUAUCAGACAUCAGAGAAUCCACUCAGGAGAGAAGCCCUACACAUGCUCUGAGUGCGGGAAGAGCUUCAAUCAGAGCUCUGCCCUUAUCACACAUCAGAGAAUCCACACAGGGGACACGCCCUACACAUGCUCUGAGUGCGGGAAAAGCUUCAGUCGGAGCUCUGCCCUUAUCACACAUCAGAGUAUCCACACAGGGGAGACGCCCUACAUAUGCUCUCACUGCGGGAAAAGCUUCAGUCGGAGCUCUUCCCUUAUCACACAUCAGAGAAUCCACACAGGUGAGAGGCCCUACACAUGCUACGACUGUGGGAAAAGCUUCAAUCGGAGCUCAAACCUUACCAUACAUCAGAGAAUCCACACAGGAGAGAAACCCUACACAUGCACUGACUGCGGGAAAAGUUUCAGUCAGAGCUGUGCCCUGAGCGCACAUAGGAGAAUCCACACUGGUGAAAAACCAUAUAGAUGUUCUGAGUGCGGGAAAAGAUUCAAUCACAGCUCUGCCCUGAUCACGCAUAGGAGAAUCCACACAGGAGAGAGGCCCUACCCAUGCUCUGAGUGUGGAAAAAUCUUCAGUCAGAGCUCACACCUUAUCACACAUCAGAGAAUCCACACAGGGGACACACCCUACACAUGCUCUGAGUGCGGGAAAAGUUUCAGUCAGAGCUCUGCCUUUAUCACACAUCAGAGAAUCCACACAGGGGACACGCCCUACACAUGCUCUGAGUGUGAGAAAAGCUUCAGUCGGAGCUCUGCCCUUAUCACACAUCAGAGAAUCCACACAGGGGACACGCCCUACACAUGCUCCGAGUGUGGGAAAAGCUUCAAUCAGAGCUCAAACCUUAUUAAACAUCAGAGAAUCCACAUGGGCGAGAACUGUAAUAAAUCCCUUGACUAGACCUGGCCAAAGGGUAUGUCUAAACUACGGGAUUAAUCUGAAUUUACGGAAUUCGAAUUUUGGAAACAGAUUGUAUAAAGUCGAAUGUAUGCAGCCAGACUAAGCACAUUAAUUCGUCGGUGUGCAUCCACGUA